GGCAGCAGUCGCUAAAGAGGCUGCUGAGAGGUGGCUGGGGCUGGCAGGGAGCUGAAAUUCUGAAGUCUUAAGUGCAAUCAGUUUUGUAGCAGUGUUGCUGUACAAUUUAAUCAGAUGGACUCUCUUUGGAAAUGCUUUCAAAGAAGUAACUUGGAACUCUGGAGAAAUCUCAAAUGCUUUCAGAAAUAAUGCUGGAACUGUUGACUGCAAGGAAAAUAAUUUCAUUUAAGUGUGAUCGAUGCUGAGGUAAGCCAUGUCUGUUCCAGCUGAUGAAACUGUGGGGGAUCUGCCUGUGAGAGAUGUAGGUCUAACUGUAACUAGAGUUGGAGGAUUACAAGAAUCAUCAGGUGCCCAUCCUGUGAGGGCUCGGCAGGCUGUGUCGCGCAUCAGUCGGGAGGAGCUGGAGGACAGAUUCCUUCGGCUGCGUGAUGAGAACACCUUACUCAAGCAGCAUGCAAACAAGCAAGAGGAGAAAAUUAAAAGAAUGUCCACCAAGUUAAUACGGCUUGUUAAUGACAAAAAAAAGUCAGAACAGGUUGGUGGCGGCCCCAAGCGGCUGGGUCAGGUUGUGGAUCUGGAAGAAAUGAUUGAGCGUUUGCAAGAGAGAGUUCGUGAGCUUGAGAAACAAAACGAGGGCCUCCGCGGCAAGCUCAUUGCAACCAAACAGCAGCUCCAGCUUCAGGGCCAUCGGCCUUGUCCAUACAGAUACGUUCAGUCUCGCAUUGACACUGGUCUCAAAAAAGGGAGUGAGGCUGCUGGCAUGCCAGAGCAUGGGAAGAAAGGAAUGAGAGUUCAGGAUUUAGAAGUGAGAACACUAAACCUUGCACUUUCAAGAUAUGGACACAGUCUGCUUGAAGACCCAAGGGCUGAAAUAAGACAAUUGGAGACUGUGAUUGAGUCCCAGAGGGGGCACAUUGAGGAACUAGAGCAUGCCAGGGAGAUACUUGUGAGUCAGCUAAGAAGGAAAGGAAAGGAAAUUGAAGAAUCUGACCUACAGCUGAAAGAGCAAAGGGAACACAUUGAGGAACUAGAACAUGCCAGAGAUAUUCUUGUGAGUCAGCUUAGAAGGAAAGGAAAGGAAAUUGAAAACUCUGUCCUACGGCUCAAAGAGCAAGAAACAGCAAGCCAAAGGCUGAACAUUCGGGACAAUGUGGAAAUGAUCAAGGUCCGUAAGCAGCUGAUUGAGAAAACCAAUGCUCUCUCAGCAAUGGAAGGAAAAUUUCUCCAGCUUCAAGAGAACCAGAGGAACUUGAAGACCAGCCAUGAUGCUUUAAUAGAAAAAGGUGAAGAACUGAAUCUACAGCUUAAAGAGGAGCGUUUGAAGUGCCUCCAUCUUGAAAAAGAAUUGCAAUCAGUAACUAUUUCAAACCGAAGGACAGAGGAGUUGCAGGAAAGAAUAAAUGAUCUAGAAAAAGAGAAGGAACUCUUGAGGGAGAACUAUGAUAAGCUGUAUAACAGUGUCUUCAGUAUGACCCAUGAACAGCAAUGGAAAUUAAAGGAACAGCAACUGAAACUGCAAAUUGCUAAACUAGAGACUGCUAUUGAAUCUGAUUUAGCAGACAAAAAUGAAAUCCUUGACAAGAUCAAAGUAGAAAGAGAACAAAAGGAAAAGCUGAUGCAAGAGAAUAGAGACUUGCAGUUAUGCUUCCUGGAACAUAAGCAACAACUAGAUGAACUGAAAAAUCACAUAAAGACUUUGACCAAGGAAGGCAAUAUUGAUGUGGCAGAACUCAGUGAAGCCCUCUUGAAUGUAAAGGUUCAAAAGCAGCAGAUGAAUGGGGACCUUAUGUUUUUGGAAAAAGCAGAAGAUGAGACCAAUAAAGAUUUGGAACACUCCAUGCGGGAGCUGCAGUUAACACACGCAGAAACAGUGCAAGAACUUGAAAAGACAAGGAAUAUGCUAAUUGUGCAGCAUAAAAUUAAUAAAGAUUACCAGACUGAAGUGGAAGCAGUGACACAGAAGAUGGAAAGUCUUCAGAAAGACUAUGAGUUCAAACUGGAACGUUACGUCCAUCUGCUUGAUAUUAGAGCUGCACGCAUCACAAAACUAGAAGCCCAACUGAGAGAUAUUGCCUAUGGCACAAAACCAUAUAAAUUCAGACCAGAAAUAUUGCAAGGUGAUCCAGUGGAAGAAUUUGAUGAAACUGUACAUUUGGAAAGAGGAGAGAACCUUUUUGAAAUUCACAUCAGCAAAGUCAUCCUGUCUUCUGAAGCUGUUCACCCUUUUGGUGACCAGGAACCUGCUACAUUUUGUACUUAUGCAUUCUAUGACUUUGAACUCCAGACAACCCCAGUAGCUUAUGGGCGAGUGCCAUCCUAUGACUUCACUUCCCAGUAUCUUGUGCAGGCUGAUGACUGCUUCUUGCACUACAUACAGCAAAACACUAUCACACUUGAAGUUCAUCAUGCAUAUGGCACAGAUUACAAAACAGUUGCUAUAUGUCAAAUGAAGUUCCAUGAAGUCUUGGAAAGACAUGGGAAGAUCUACAGCACAGCAAAUUUAGUUGGAAUCAAAGAAAACCCUCGGAAUUAUGGUACUUUAGAAUACUGGAUCAGGUUAAGGAUUCCAAUGGAUCAAGCUAUUACUCUCUACAAAGAAAGGUCAAAGGCUCUUGGUUAUAUAACAUCCAAUUUUAGGGAAACUGAACAACCAGCCCAGCAGCAGAUACUCAGAACUGCCCAAGUCAGCAAUUCAACAGAUGGCAAUUUAAAUGAACUCCACAUUACAGUAAAAUGUUGUAACAAUCUACAGUCCCGAAAAAAACAUCUUCAGCCAAAUCCUUAUGUUGUCUACAAGUUCUUUGAUUUUGAAGACCAUGAUACUCCCAUCAUUCCUAGCAGCAGCAACCCACAAAUAAAUGACCAUAUGUGUUACCAAGUGUCAAUGAAUGCAGAUUUAGACCGAUACUUAAAAUCAGAGUCAUUAACCUUCUAUGUGUUUGAUGAUGGUGAAACGGAAGAAGGGGCUUAUGUAGGGAAAGCCAGUGUGCCUCUUAUUUCUUUAGCACAUGACAGCUCUGUCUCAGGUACUUUUGAACUAACAGAUUCUGCAAGCUGUGCUGCUGGUACCAUCACUGUUGAAUUAAUAUGGGAGUUAGUCUAUCUCCCACCAAGUAGAUCAACAAUGGCUUCAGACUUAGUGAAUCACAUUAAAAAUGAGAAAUCAAUGGCAACUAAAUUGCUAACAGAGGAAAAGCAGCAGUCUCCAACCCUGCCUACUUCUUUCAUUUCAUCAGUGACAAAACCAACACCCAAACCAAGGCAGCGUGCAGCUCUAGCAGACAAGAAAGUGUCUUUUCAGGAUCUUAGGACAGUACAGAUGGCAGCCUCUACUGUUGACAAUGAUAUGGAACUUGCACAGAAGAUGGAGACAUCAGGAGUUCUGAGUGUUUCAGAGUCUGUGGUACCUGAGGCUAAAGAAGAAAGGCAAGCAGAUGAUAAGGAGAUGGCUGAAGAAAUUCAACAGGAAAAAGAAGACCUCUCACAUCUGUCAGAAGGGCAAUUGGCUGACCAAAGCUCGGUUACCUCUGGAGAUGUGACAGAAAUAGCUGAAGAAUUGGAACCAGAAGAUCAAGAUGACAGACAAGAAAACGAUGCCAUAGAAUCAAUAAUAACUGACAGUGACGACUGUAUUGUUUCAAGUCCAAUAUCCAAGACUAUUAAACAGGCAACUGAAAAAAUCCGGAUUGAAAUUAUAUCGUUUGGUCUUACUGAGUCACGAAUUGCAGCAGAUGAAACAAUACAGCAGCUCUUUGUAGAAUGCAGAUUAUACAAUUUCCUUGCAGAGGAAACCCCACUGUCACUUCCAAAACCAGCAUGUGGUCAGAGGAUUCACUAUAACUAUAGCAAUGUGAUACACGUGGAUAAGGCAAAUAAUCGUGCAAGAAGAGAGUAUCUCAAGUCUAUGCUUCUCAAGCCAGAUCUACACACUGACAGCCUACGAUUUACAGUGGUCACUGAUCCCCCUGAAGAUGAACAGGACCUUGAAUGUGAAGAUAUUGGUUUUGCUUAUGUCAGUUUGAGAGAGAUAUUCCAGAAGCAAAGAGAUAUCAUUGAGCAAGAUAUUGAUGUUUUUGAUUCAGAAGAUGAUAGUGCAGUAAUUGGAAAGCUCAAAGUAACAGUGGAAGCCCUCCAUGCACUGCGUUCAGUCUAUGAGGAAUGCACAGAUGACUACGAGGCAUGAAAGGGAAGUUUGCCUACAGAAGUUCCUUCUCCCAGUGUAAAUACAGGCUUGAUAGUGCUUCAAAGAUGAGAUCUUUGUAAUUCUUACAGUAUAUUUAAUGUAUAAUUUAUAUGAAAAGGACGCUUGAUUUGUAGUUGUAAAGUUUUGUAUACUUUUCAGUCUGUUUGUUUUUAUAUUUCCCCCCUAAGGCUAAGAAUCUCUCCACAAUGGACAACAUCUUGUAAAUAAUUAAUACCUACAUGAUUGAAUGAUGUGCUUUAUUUGCAUUUGCAAGAUUUUUUUCCUACAUAAAACAGUAAUAAAAAUGCAAGUCAAAUUUUUAAUUUUUAAUAAAAAAACCAUAAGCCUUAGAAAACUGAUUAAAAAUACUUUUAUGUUAUCCCUAAUCACCCCACUAAAUGGAAUGCCUGUGAUUAGCCUCAUUAAGAAUUUUAUACUGUGAAGAUUUUAUUAAAAGCAAUAUAUGAAAAUUACUUGGAUUAAUGUGUUAAU